UAAUAGCCAAAAUAAAAAAUUAAAAAAGAAGUUAGCAUACGGCUAAGUUUUGGCAGCGAGAACACACUACCGGGUUGUUCUUCUGUCGACUGACAUGAAUAUUCGUAUUUUUUCGCAACAUAAAUAAUUUUUAAGCGAGAGAAGUGGAAUAUUUCGGAAUAACUAACCUUUUCAAAACAAAUGUGAAGCAGUGUAAAGGCGGAAACUGCGAAGGGGCGAGCACGCGGACACGGACACCGAAACUGCAUCCACGGUGGCGAGCUUCAACUUCCGCCAUGCAGUCGCGCUUAAAAUCAGGUGGACUGAGACACUGAUCCGAGACCAGCUUUAAACUUUAACGCUUCAACUUCAAGAUGUAAGCUGAAUCUUCUUUCACUGGUUAAAAAAAAAAAAAAAAAGAAGUCCAGCUUUUUUUUUCUCCAGUUGAACAAAAAGGUCUUUCGGCAUGUCUGGAGGAGAGCGUCUGUUCCGCUGUGAGGACCCGGCUGUAUGGAGAGGCGUUUAUGCGAAAUACUGGGCUGUGGUGGAUGCAAAGGCUGCUGGGAAGCAGAAGAGUUCAGGGAAACUGUUAGAAUUAGAGAAAUGGUAUCAAGAGGAGCUUCCAGCAGCCAUUUUAGCUCGGAUAGAGCGUUCUCUGACGCACCCCGAACUGGUCAAACUCAUGGAAUGGAAAUUAACCAGGGGGAAGUUCCGUCCCCGGCUCAAGCAGCUGAUUGGCUCCAACAGCGAGGAGGCGGUGCUUCGCUGCACCAAGAAGGCGUUCGCUCUCCUUCCUGACGUCCAAUCAGCAAUCGCAGAACUGAGCACGCUCAAAGGGCUCGGACCUGCUACAGCAUCAGCUGUAUUAGCAGCAGGAGCUCCUGGAGAAGUCGCCUUCAUGGCUGAUGAGGUCGUAGAGAGCAUCGCCGAGCUGAGACCAGUUCAGUACACGGCUAAGCACUUCUCUUUAUUUUUGGAGAAAAUACUGCACAAAACACAACAGCUCAACGAAGCGGACAGUCAGCGUGACUGGACCCCUCAUAAGGUGGAGCUGUGCUUAUGGGCGUGUGCGAUAGCCAGUCAGAUUCAGCCCUCCCUGCUGGAGGAGUUUCCCCUGAGUUACAGAGCCAACAGAGAGACCAAAGAGAAGACCAAAGAGGAGGAGACGAGAGAGCAGCCAUCUAAGAGACGCAAGACGGACUAGUGUACAUCUGGUCAUAGGUUGUGCUUUGCAAUAUUGGCAUGCAAUGGAUCGAAGCCCAAUGCUUUGAAGAAGAUGUACAAUAAGAUCAUGACAAUUCCAAACCGGCUAAUUUGUUAAACUGCUCUUUAAAAUAAGCAAUAAAAAAUAGCCUUUCUAUCAUUUGUAAUAAAAUCUAUGAAAAAAUGAAAUGGGAAGCACUGAAUCUAGAUCUGUAGACGUCCCCAAAAUCUAGGACGGAAAGAAACAUUUUUAAUGCUAUGAUGUGAAAAUACAAAUUUGUUUUGAAACAAGAAAUCCAAUUUAAUUUCAUUAUCACAUAAAUGUGCUUUAUGUAAAUGAGAUAUUACUUCAGGCUCCCUCUGUCUGUAUUAGAAAUUGAAAAAUACACCCAUCUUUUUCUUCAUGUAUAAUUUGCAUAUCUCAGCAAAGCUUUGUGAGUUAGUAAUAAUAACAGUCUUUAUUAAUAUAGCCCUUUUCAUUUUGAGCUCAAAAAUGAACUGACUAUAAUGUAAUAUAAUUUAAUUCAUUUAUACACAUCUUCCAUUUUCAACAUAUCAUCAGCAUACAGUACAGUAGAAGCUUAAGCCAACAUUAUGUUCUCGAAUUACCAACAGGCUGAAUUUGAGGAGGAAACAAUAGAGGGCCUAAUAUGGGUCCUUGUGGGACACCAUAUUGCACUUUUUCAGUCUCAGAAUAAUCUCGGGUUUAGUAGGCAUGUUUGUGCAGAUAUUAUUUUUCACUAAAUGAUCAGGACUUGUUUUUUUCAGUAUCUAACAAUUAAACGAAUGACCUGUUCUGA